AUGCUGUGUCGGAGGUGGGCAGGAGGCUUCUUGCGGGGGCGCCACCGGCCGCGUUGCGGGUCGGCCCAUGUCCUGCAGGAGCUGAGGAAGAUUGCCAUCUUGGAGGCAAACACGGAUAAGCCGGUGCAUGCCCGUGAUAGUGCGUCGUCGUCAUUGUUAGCAUCAUCACCCUCACUGACCUCUACCUCAGGGAAGGAUACUAUCUUGCAAUCAUUGGAUAGUGUUCUCGAGGCGGCGUGUGAUCGGGUGAAGUUUUCAAGCGGCCUUCUUAGCGAGGCCACCGUGUCCAGUUCGUCAACUUUGCUUAGAGCCACUUCUUUGAGUCAUUUUUUAACAGAGUGCCGUCGAUUGAGACUGGAGAUCGGGGAGGCUCGUGACGCUAAUAACCGUCGUCGUCUUCGCGGAACCACUCGGGCAUUCUGGGCUGAGAACGUGGAUGGCGCCUUGGCCUGCUGCGCCCUGCAGGGGAGGGACUUUGGGUUCGUUGCCGGGUUUGGGCUCAUCGACGACGCCUUGCAUUUAUGCUUCUCCUCCCUGCAACUUGCACUUCAGUGCGUGGCGCGUGAAAAGAGUACCUGCCCUUGCACCAGCAUGAUGUUGGCUCUGCACUACAUGGUUCGGGAGCUGGACCACCUGGAAAAAAAAGCUAUGAAGCCUGCGGCGACACACCCCACACGACCGAAAAAGACGAGGAGUGGGCUGGAAGAAGCGACUGAAGUUAAGCCGCCUAGCGAAGGCGACAGCGACGUUGACGUUGAUGGUGCUGGUGCUGGUGCUGGUGCCACGAGCGUGGAGUUUGCGGUGCCGACAACAGAGGAAUUAAGAGCCUUUCGGCGAAGCGUUGCCACCCUCGGUGUGGAGCGUCUCCACCUCUUUUUUAUUGAGAGAGGUGAAUCUGGCCGGGUUUUGGGUUCCGCGGAAGACGCUUUGCAUGCGUUGGAGUUUUUGACCACCGUAAAGUUGGAUGACGCGAAUGAGAGUGCGCGUGCCCUCAUUGAGGAGAAAAAGCCACGCUGGUGCCAGUCCAGUGAGGUUUACCUCGUGACCUCCCUCUUUCGCCACGUUGUUCACAACGGCAAAGAGCUAAAGUUCACCUCUGUCGUUCACGCGUUUAGGCUUCUGCGCAUCUUUAUGCCUUUACUGACGCCCCCGCCACCACUACACUCCUCCUCUUCGUUGGAGCAAGAGCGAGAGCCGAAUUGCGUGCACAUGGCUGCCUCUCCUAACCCUGACUCUGCCGCCGCGCAUACCGCCACUUACGGCGCCGCGUCAAUCCUCCGUCCAAACCCGGAAUAUUCUGCCUGGCAGGCACAGCGGGAUACUGUGGACCGUAUUAUCUGGGGGCUUUUCACGACACUGCGGCGAAAGGAUGCCCGCUUUGUGAAUUCGUUCCACUUUGUGCAAAUCAUGGCGACGGUUUCACAGCUCCCGUCGUAUUUUUUGUCGCGCGUCCCUCCCCCGAGGCGUCGGGCAAUUAAAAACCUAGAGUUUUUUGCCGUAACAACAUGCAGCGGAGCUGAGCGAACGACAUCGGUGGCGGCAGGAGCAACUCGGCCCUCGAGGCCAAGAGAAGGAGGGAACCCAACAACGGCAGAAGAGAUGUGGGAGUACAUGAUUGCAAAGGCGUGCAUUUUUAUUCCGGGCUUAACCUCAGAUCAACGGCGUCGCGUGUGUCGUAACCUCCGGCUGGCUGUUCAGCGGCGGGAGGGCUACUUCGAACGCAGGGCACAUGGGGACAAAAAUCGACGGCCAACGUUGUCUGCUGUGGAGACGUUGCUGCUGCCGAUGGCACAUGAAUUGUCGCAAUACCCAAAGGACUAUGAGGCUGCCAUGUUUGAUUCCCCACCAGGAGAAAAGCAGGGGAAUGUGGUUUAG